UUUCCCAUCCAUUCGACAAUUCAUUGCAAACAUUCAUUCAGUAGAUUGUCAUCAGCUCAAAGAUUAAGAUGAAUCGAAUUUUCUUCUACGCCAUAAUUUGUAGUUUAUGUUUUGAACUGGCCCUGGGCCAACAACAUUUGAGAUAUUUCAAAAGUUAUGAUCAUCCCGGCAAAUGUGUUUUCGGCGAUCUGGUGUUAUCACCCGGCGAAGAGGGUCAACCCAAGGGCAGUUGUUUGCGUUUGGUUUGUCAACAGAGAGAUGGUCUUGGCACACUAAAACUUUGCAACAAUGGAAGCGCUGUUAAGCCCCGCUGUCGUCUUGGUGCCCUGAUCAAUCCGAAUGGCGUAUAUCCUGCAUGCUGUGAGAGACAAGUUAUUUGUGACUAGAUUAAUUGAACCAAUUUGUGAUAUGUUUUAAAAUUUAAUUUUAAAUGAAACAGCGGACUAUUUCUUAUAAGAAAA